AUGAGUGACCCAGCGUAUCAGAACAACCAUCAUUCCUCUCCCCGCUCCAACCACUCGCCGCAAAUGUUUACCUACGACUCCCUUCCUAAAGCAGAAAAUGGUGCACCGGAGCCACGUCUCAUCAUCGUCUCUAACCGCCUUCCGGUCACCAUAACAAAGGAGGCUAAUGAUGUCGUCUGGAGGCCUAGUCUCAGCGCUGUCUGGCUGCAAGAAAACAAUGUCAUUCACAUGGAUCGGGUGGCCCGGAAAAGACUGCAAGAUCGAGAAUACGUCAACCGACGGUUGCUGGAGGAGUACCAGUGCUACCCAGUUUACCUUUCCGAUGAUCUAGCCGAUCGUCACUACAACGCAUAUCGCGAAGCAAACAUCCGAUUCGCAGAUGUGGUCUCCAACUUCGUCCAAACAGGAGACGUCGUUUGGGUUCAAGACUAUCAUCUGAUGCUUCUGCCCAUGCUCCUGCGAUCCAUGAUUUCGGGUGAAUCGGCGCAGGGAGAGAUGACUCGCAAAGAGAUGGGAAGAGUGAAGGCAGGGGUCGACGAUGUGGAAGAGUUUGGCAUGCAGCACGGCGUCGCCCAAGGCCUCGAUGAGGGUGUUGAAAUGCUGGAAGAUGUCGAGGAAGAGGGCGGAGAAGUAACCACCACAGGUGGCAGUCAUCACACUGCCAUGGUCCGGGGCCUCAGUGCGUUCCAGCAACAGGAAGUACAAGCUCGCCAAAGGGGAAAGGGAGGUGUCAGGAUUGGCUUCUUCCUUCACACGCCUUUCCCUUCCAGCGAAAUCUAUCGCUUCCACACUUAUGACUACGCGCGCCACUUCCUGUCUUCGUGUACGCGCAUCCUCGGGCUUGAGACUCAGCCCAACGGAAUCGAAUUCGAGGGCAGAUAUGCCCAGGUCGGAACAUUUCCCAUCGGAAUCGACCCGUGGCAAUUCGUCGAAGGCGUCAAGAGUCCGGCGGUCCAAAGCAGGCUACAGAAGCUCGAGCGUCGGUUCGAGGACUGCAAAGUGAUCAUUGGUGUCGACCGCCUGGAUUACAUCAAGGGAAUUCCGCAAAAGUUGCACGCUUUGGAAGUGUUCCUAACUCAGCACCCGGAAUGGAUUGGAAAGGUAGUUUUGAUUCAACUGGCGAUCCCGUCCCGGCAGGACGUCGAGGAAUACAUGAACCUUCGGUCCGUCGCCUAUGAGUACAUUUCAACUCAAUCGGAGAAGCAUGGCUCCAUGAUCCUCUCCGAGUUUGCCGGAGCUUCUCAAAGUCUAGCGGGGUCUCUGAUCAUCAACCCUUGGGAUGUCGAUUCCACAGCGAGUGCGAUACACACUGCGCUGACACUGUCACCGCAAGUUCGUGAACAGAAUUGGACCAAGCUUUUCUCUGUGGGUGACCUCUGCUGUUAA